AUGCCUAUCCGCAACCCAUUCCGUCGUGCGCCGGGCGCUGAAGCCAGCGACGAGGCGCAACGCACAGCGACCGACAACAGCUUCACGAGCACAGCAGUCUCAGGCGCGCAGCCGCUGCAGACCAGAGACUCGGCCGAAUACAAACUGAGUGAAAUCAACGACAGCGGAGUGUACCUGCCCCCGUCCCCGCAACAGGAGAAGCCCACCUUCUGGCAUUCAAAGUCCAACACAUCCACCACGUCCUCCAACCACCGAAGCUUGUUGGCCGAGACGGAGCCAUUCAACAUCUCCCGCGAGAGCUUUGACUCGUACAGACGAUCCUUCGACAUCUCCGCCCGCUCGCCCAUCACAGACAUAACCGCCGAAACAUACCCGCGACAGUCGCUCGAUGCCAGAAGGUCCGUAGACACCAGGCGUUCGCUCGACGUACGUCGCUCACGAGCAACGCCUCGCUCGUCCAUGCAGCAAGCGCGCCCGAGCGAAAGCACAGACCGGGUACCAGAGGAGGGGUUCGAGGACGUAGGAUUGAACGAUGAGCCCAAGUCCGCACCAGCGAAGAAGCGCGGCCUCUUCUCGCGGUUUGGCGACAACAACAGCAAUGCAGACAGCAAGCAGGAAGAAAGGCCGUCUGCAGGGCACCACUUCUCAUUAACCGGACGAAAGCGCGCCGAGAGUGGCAAAGGGGAAGAGCUGAAGUCAAUGCCACGACAAUCUGUCGACGACCCGGCUGAGACUCGGUAA